AUGGCAUCCUCGACACCCGCCACCGAGGCCGCCCCUCCGAAGCCCCCGAGACCUUCUACCGAGAACCAGAAGACCGAGGACAUUCUGAAGGAAGCAUUCCCGAGCAUCGACAUCGCGGUUAUCAAGGCUGUUCUGAGAGCCAGCGGUGGACAAAUCGACCCUGCCUUCAAUGCCCUGCUUGAAAUGACGGAUCCCGAUGCAGCUCGUAACGAGCCCGAACAGGAGAACCCUCCUCCCCAACCCCCUCGUCCCGCCGCCGGCCCCGAGCUGUCUCAGCUCGAGGCGGACGAGCUUUACGCACGUCAGCUUGCUGAGCACUUUGAUAAUGUUGGCAACUAUGAGGCUAGGACUGCGAACCGCAGCCCCGGCGGUCGCGUCAGACGCCAGCAGACUGGUCUUGAGCCCCGAGUGAAUGCCGAGGACCGUGAGCACAACUUCUUCGACGACGAACUCCCAGUCAUCCAGGAGAAGCUCCGCAAGGGCUUCAUGGAGACCCAAGGCAAGGUGAACAGCUGGAUCACGACCAUGAAGAAGAGGUUCGAUGAGGAAUUUGCCGAGGAAGAUGAGCACACUCAGCGGCCUGGCCAGGGCCAGGGACAGUACGGUGGCAGACGUCCUGGGGAGUCGAGCCGUAGGAGCGGCGACUAUGAGAGAUAUGACGCCGAUCCCCAGGUGCUCAGCGACGAUUUCGCAGGCAUGAAGUUCACUGCGGAUGGUAGUAAGUACAGACUCAUAGUUGAUAACAACCAACCCAGCGCUAAUCGCGAAGCAGCUCCAGUCCGCGGUGAUAACAGGCCGUUGUCCAACCCUGAUCUCUUCAAGCCCCCUCCGCCUUCCAAGUCGCCCAAGCCUGACGGGCGCAAGGUCGCUUUCCGCGAGGGUACUGAGGAGAUUGACGUCUACGAAUCGUCGCCCAGAGUGUCUGCCGAGGAUAGCACGGGGAAGACCAAAUCUAGCAAGUGGCAGCCUCUCUCGACGGUCGAGCCUAGCCCGAUCAACGACAAUGACCCGUUCAGUUUGGGCGACAGUGAGGACGAGAGAGAGGCCAAGGAGAAGGCUGCGACAAAGGACGUGAAAUCAGACGACAGCGAAAGGUUGAAGAAGGCCGCUGCGGAGGCAAUGGCGGACAGCCUAGUCGAUGCCAAGGAUGGCGAGUCGGCGGGUGCGGCGGCCAAGAAGAACUGA